AUGAGCUUGUGUGCGACUGUGCCACGUGGUGAGCCGGGCCUCACACCCCCAGGCUCAGAGAAGAAGCCGCCAACAACUGAGCUGUCCACUGGCACUGGCGCAAACAAGAAACCCAAACCUGAAUCCGGGAACAGGAGACAAGCAGCCUCAAUGAUUGUAAGCACCGUAGGAAAAGGUCUGAACGCAGGCGGACUCAAGAUGCCCGGUGAUAUACUCAACUCCGUUGCCAGCGGAAUCAAGCGUUAG